AUGGUACCAUAUCCACAAAUUUAUCCUAAUCCGACUGUUCAACGUCCGAUUUCAAACGCCCGCCCGUCACCACAUUCGUUUCGUUGCCCGACUCGGCAGCAUCCCAAUAGCUCGGUUCCUUCACCAGCAUCGUCUUCUAAUUCAUCCAGUACUUCUCACGCAGUACCGCUACUCUCACUCGGCUUAGAUAACGAACCGCCAGCUUUAACCCCCAAACCGAGCACACCAUCGUCAGCACCAUCAGAUCUCUCGUCACGCGGGGCGUCGACAUUUUUACCACCAGCUGCCUCUGUCUCUACUGCUGCUGCUGCUGCACCUGCAUCUGCAUCAUCUGCUUGGCCGUCUGCUUCUACAUCUACAGCCACAGCUCCUACUUCUUUAUCACCGAGUCGUAUACUACACGGCGUUAUCGACGCAAAGAACCCCAACCCUGACUAUCACGCCAAACCAGUUAAUAACGUGCUGGUACUUGAUCGGGUUAAAGGUAGUAGCGUAAGCAUCGAUACUAUCCGGGGACAAAAGACGAGUAGUGUUACUGGUCGUGCCGCUGAUUCCACUAGUGUUGAUAGUUUCUCAACCGUUAAAAACGUUAAAACUGCCAACGCUACUGUCGCAUUGAGUUUGGAUCAAUCUAAUUUGAAAAGCCAGCAUACAGUCAGCAAGUCUGCUCAACAAAAACAAUCUUCUUCUAACUACACAAUGACAGGUGUGCCAAAUGGCACUGCUUAUCCUGUGAUAGCAGCUGGUAGUAUAUCUACAGGUCAACAAGAACAACAACAACAAGAAGAAGUAAGGAACACUAAUUUAGAUGAAAUUUCAAAUGCAGUCACCGCUGACUGUGAGACUUCGUUUCAAAAGUCGUCAUUUGCUUUAAAGCGAACGAAAAGCUUGGGUCUUUUCGAUGCAUCUAUGAGACCAAGUAUGGCGGCUGAUUUAGUGGGAACCAUGGAAGACUACCCUCAUUUACAUGCUGCUGCAAAAUCCGGUAGUCCCGGUAAUACGCCGGCAGUGGUUAGUUCAUCUUCAUCCAGUAGUAGUACCUUGACUAAUUCAUACUUCCCUCCUAUUUCAUCUGCUCCAAAUAGCUCAAAAUUGCAUCAACAAACCAACCCAAAUCCGUCACAACAAACCCCAUCACCACCACCUAGUAUAGGACAUGUUUCGAGUACAACUCUUAAACCAGAGGCAACCGACUCCAGACAACUACAACCACAGUCGACUUCAUCUAUUGUUACUCCAGCAUUAUCAGCAUCAUCUUCAUCUACACUAGAAGAUGACGAGCAUGGUUCAUAUGGAUCGUCGUCUCCCUCAAUACCAGGCACACCUGAAAUCAUUGUUCCUCCUUUAGAUGACAGUGUUAUUCAGUAUGAGCCCUCACGACAUGUUGAUUAUUUGUCUCAUAACUGGAAAGAAAGUGAUAUUUCAUCCUCGUGGAGAUAUAUCGUGUUGCGGAGAAAAGACAUGGCUAACUCUGCCAGACUCGAGAACGCUUCUUGGAGAACUUGGACAAAGGCGAAAUAUAACUUGAAAACAGUUGCACCAGAAAGUGUGAAUUGGUUGAAAGAUUACGAUGUUACUUGGCUAUAUGGGCCACUAUAUGAUGAACCACAUCAUACAUACUCCAUAUCUCCCGACAAUAAGAGCUUAAUCAAGGGUCCUGGAUCCAAGGAUAACUUGAGACUCGACAAGGGCAAAUCUGUUAACCUUCAUAUCGGGCCUGAGAGCGAGGCUGGCGACAGUAACGAAAAUAGUAGAAACACCUCUCCAUCACACAGUGCCCACCCGGCCAAGCCGAUUUUGAAAAAGAGAAGUGUUUCUCAGAUGAUGCUGUCUCGUCCGCCGCUUAUUACACACAACAGUUGCAAUGGCACCCCGACAUGUAAUUGCACUCAUCAUCGUAAUAUGACUCACGAAGCUGCCAAUGCCGCGACCUCCAACCAUUCAACUGGCGAUGGAGUAUCAACCUAUUUGAGACAUCACAACUACAGACAUCGUCCCCAUGCCGGUCAUUCCAACGAAAACAUUUCCCAUCUCAUAAAUCAACAAUAUUAUCAGGCGGCAAAUAGUCAUAGAGCGAUCGAUGAUUUUUUGCUAUCGCCUAGUGGAAGCACUGCGGGAGACAGUAGUUCAAUUUCUUCAAUAAGUUCGGGUACUCAAGGCACCUCUAAUGUUAUAGCGUCGAAUGCAGCCAACCAUGGUGUGAACUCGAACCACGAGACAAACCAGCCAUCCCCUCCACCUGCCCCGGCUAAAGUGAGACACAUCCACUUUAACAAUAGAGUUGAGCAAUGUAUUGCUGUAGACCACUCUUUUUCUGAUGAUGAAGACGAAGAAGGCGACAGGAAGAUGUCAGAUAGAGGUAGAUCAAGGCAUAGUUCGAAACACAAGAAAGUGCAAUCUGAGGGAAGACCGCAGUUCGGAUUGGGCGGCGACUCGGAUGAUUCAGACUCUGAGCAGGACGAAGAUGAGUAUGACGAUGAAGACGAAGAUGAGGAGAUUGACGAUGACAAUGGGGAAGAAGAGGACGAAGAAGACGAUGCUGGAUUCUUUUUCAUGGUCCGUUCAGCGUCUUCGGCAUCUAUCCAUAACCUACCCAAAGGAAGCUAUCGAAAUAUUGCCCUAUUGCCUGCUACUACUUUGAAGUAUCAGGUUGAUGAGGCAGAACGAGAGGCUCGACAACAGGCUACUGCCAAUUCUGUUGCUUUUGCUAUGAGUCACAAUACCGUUAACCAUCGUCACGCUUACAGUACUUAUGAUUACAAUUCUGUUUACGUAUCGCCGGCACCUUCUCCUAGCCACUCACCGAGUCAUUCACUCAGCUCAUCGGACAUUUUACAGGGCCCAACUGGUAAUUCAAUUGUGUCUGUCUCCACUACUUCGCCAACCCAAACUGAUACUACCAAUGCCGUGGGCGAGCUGUCUAAUAGCUACUCCAUUUCUACAACAGUCCUUUUAGACAGUCUACCCAGUGUUCCUGCAGCAUCCAGCCAGGGGGCUACUACUAGUUUUAAUGACAUGAACGUUCCGGAGAGUGAGUUUGUCGAAGACACCUCUGCCCCCGUGCCAACUAAAGUAACAACUCCCCCGGCUGGCGAACCAUUGCUGUCACUAGGAUUACAAGCCCCACCGCCAACUGCUAGCAAGACCGUUGCAACCACACACUCUAGUCAGGUCAAUGUUGUCAGUAGUGAUAAUUCGCCGCCACCUUCGAGAGAUGAGUCCCCAGCGGCAGCUUUGCUCGAAGACAACAACCGACCACGAUUGGGACGAAUUAACAGUGCUGUAUCAAGCGCGAAGGGUUUGGCGAAUUCUCUUUGGAAUGCAAACUGGAAAUAA